AUGGCAUUUAGAGGCUUUUGCAUCUGAACUCUUCAUAAUGUUGUCAGAGAUUGUAAAAAAUAAUGUAUCCAACAAAGUUGAAUUGCUUUAGUUUUGAGUUGAUUUUCUUUCAUUUACAGUAAUGACUAUCAUUUAAGUCUUAAACUCAGGUUUCUCUUCAUAAAUCAACUGAUGCAUAUGGAUGCUACUGGUUUUGGUCCUCUGGCUCUGUAAACUCUUGUAAAUACUUAUUCUACUCCAAACAGUAACAGGUUAUUUACUUAUGUACAACAUUAACAAUGUUUAUACAUAAAUACAAAUUCUGUAUAUUUACACAGUAUACAAAAUUAUUUCUCUGUUUGUUUGGAUUAGCAUCAUAGUCUUACAAUAUUUCUAUAAAAGGCUACAGUCUACAUGGUAAAAAGUUUUCUAGCCAGGUUUAAUGUGAUUUUCAUUUAACAAAAAAAAAAAAGAAAAUAGCCCCUGAUACAUGGCUAUAUGUAGCUGCAGUUGGAGCAACACCAAUUCACGUAUGUAGAAAAGUGAAAAUGACAUUGAUAAAUAAUUGAGCCUGAAUGAAGGUUCUGGACUAGAGGAUAUUGGCGCAGAGAGAAGCGAGCGCGCAGCGCGUUCUCGUCCAAAUGCCCGCGUGCCCGUAUGCGUUCUCGCCCGCUAACAGCAGCGAGUGAGUCCCAGUGGGCUUCUCCGCCGUCGCCAACAGGUUUAUUAGGGACAGACUGGGUGAUACGUGCAGUCGGACCGGUUGUCUUCGCCAAACCUCUUUGAGACGAAGCGGAGCUUAUACUUAUGAAGAUAUAUCGAUCGAUAUUGAUCGACAGGGCGAGUGAUUGACGCCGCGGGAUCAGUGCAACGCGACCAUGGCAUCAGAUAUCACCCCUGAGGCGGUGGGCUUCCUGUCAGCUGUGGGCAUCUUUGUCGUCUUGUUGGCCAUACUCUUCCUCUUCAUCAAUAAGAAGCUUUGUUUCGCUCGUAUUGGAGGUCUGCCCUGCCUCGAGCAAUACAGCCGGCGCAAACGAAGAGACCGUGCUGGGAUUCACCAAGGACUGGUGAAUAGUUACGGUGAUGACGAUGAGAUUUCCAGUUUAUCAGACAGCGAUGAUGAGUUGGCAAAGCAGUUUGAGAUCUCCGUUUCCCGCUCACAAAGCUUCCGUUCAGGGGUCACGGAGCUCAACACCCAGAGCGCACCAGGGCCACAUCACAAAUUUAAACGUCUGCUGUCUGACCAGGAGGAGGGAAGCACAGAGCUGUCUGACUGUGAAGAUGCUGAGAGAAACAGUGUGCAGAGUUUUCAAGAUCCCCUCUCAUCCAGGCGACGCUUUGGGUCUGAGCCGAGAGACCCCUUAUCGCAGAGCCCUCUUCCUGAGGCCCGAACCCCCACAGACCCCCUCUCUCUGAUGGCGGAGCAGAUUUCUGUGGGCUCCCAGGACACAGGGGACGGUCUGGAGGAUCUACCCAGGUAUGAGGGCAGUCGCUCGGGCAGCAUGGGGCGGCAAACCCCACAAAGGAGCCUGGCAGUUGACAACCAUGGCUAUGACAACAGUGGGGCUAUGGAUAGUUUCCCUACAUGGAGCCCUGAGCAUGAACAAUCUCCGUCCCACCCUUUGAGCUCUUCUCCUCGUGGACACAUUUCAAUAUGCGGUGACCUCAUAAUUGCCCUCGACUACCGGGCUGAAACCCACCGACUCCUGGUCACCGUGAUAUUGGCCCAAGGCAUCCCAGACAAGGCUCGGAGUGGCAUGGACUCCUGGCAGGUGCACGUGGUGCUGUUACCCGGGAAACGGCAGAGGCACAAGACGGCCGUGCAGAAAGGCUCCUUGCCCAGGUUCGAGGAGACUUUCCGUUUUUCGCAUCUAGAGCCAGGGGAUUUGGGUUCCUCUGCGCUGCGGUUCCGCCUGUACGCGCUGGGGAAGAUGAACAGGGAGAGGAUGAUGGGAGAGGCCAUGUAUAGACUGAGCCGCCUGCAUCACACAGGCAGGUUCGAGAUCACGCUGCUGCUGGAGCCACGCUGUAAUCUCAAGACCAUAGACUCCCAGGCGUCUUUCAGCGCACAGAGCGACAGUGCUUCCUCCAGUCAGUCUGUGUCUCACGGUGGAAAUCCAGAACUACUGCUGGGUUUAUCGUAUAACGCCACCACAGGACGCCUGUCUGUGGAGAUCAUUAAAGGCAGCCACUUCCGAAACUUCGCGCUCAACAGACCUCCAGAUACGUUUGGUAAGCUCACUUUGUUGAACUCUAUGGGGCAGGAGAUAUCCCGCUGUAAGACAUCCAUCCGUCGCAGUCAGCCGAAUCCGGUCUUCAAGGAGACGUUUGUCUUCCAGGUGGCUCUGUUCCAACUGUCCGACGUCACAUUAAUGGUCUCCAUUUACAAUCGGCGGAAUAUGAAACGCAAGGAGAUGAUUGGCUGGGUGGCUCUGGGCCAGAACAGCAGCGGUGAGGAGGAGCUUCUUCACUGGCAGGACAUGAAGGAGAGCGGAAACCAACAGGUCUGCCGCUGGCAUACACUACUGGAUGCUUAGAGAGAGAGAAAUGUAAUCACUCUUAUUUCAGCUGGAAAUUCCUUUGGGAAGAAGGAGACAGCCAAGGCUAAAAAUACCCACCAAAAAAAGGGAAUGAGCAAGCAGCUUUAAUAGUAUCAAACAAAGAUAAGGCAUGUAAUUCUGAAAAUCUUGGAAGCACAAAGAAAUAUCCACGCCAAACCACUCUUCUUCUCCCUGAGAGUACUUUAUACAGCCUUUUAUCUGGUAGCCAGGAAAUGACAUCACGGCGUUAUAUACAGACUACUCUCUUUAACCCCAACAGCAACCAAUCAAAGUGCAUUAUUGCCCGCGCCACAGGGAUUGUAAGCUAGUGAUUUAAUGAAUGGAGGAUUGAUUUGAAAUGAUUCAUGCCUUUCUUCAGAUGAUUUUAAGCCUCAAAUUCAGACCCACACCAGAACACAGCUGGUGGUCAUUGGUGAGGUUUUGAAACCCCAAAAUGAGUGGAAAACUGCACUUUCAUUAACUUAUGACUAUGAAGCUGUUUCUUUUUAUUACAUUUUACAUUUUUUAUUACAUUUUACAUAAAAAUAUGCUAUCAUUUAUAGUUCUGGACACAGUGUUAUGAUGAAAGUUAGAAUACUUUUAUAUUGCUGUUAAAAAGGGGUGCACAAGUUAUCACGAAUAAGCAGUAUCACCAAAUGACUUUUCUCACCCAAAAAUUAAAUUUCUCACCCUCAUGAUGUUCCAAACUUUAUAUCAUUGUUCUGUGGAACACAAUAGUUGCAUUUUUUUUUAAAUACUCUUUUCAGUAAUGGAAGUGAAUGAGGACUGGUGCGGUCAGGCUUCAAAAAGACAAACUUUAUUUAUUUGAAAAAUCUGAUAUCCGACUUUGAUUUACUCUGCAUGUUUAUGCGUGAAUAUGAUCAGUGAAUGAAUCCUUUCACUCAACCUGCUUCAAUUGAUUCAUUUGAAUGAACUGGUCUGGUUCUCGGUUUCAUCUGAGUCAGUUACUCAGUGAUCUGAUCACAAAUGCUUAACAGACCUCAUAUAGAACCUUAAAAGGUUCUAUCAGCGCUACAUAUUUGGAACCCUAAAAGGUUCUAUACAC